AUGAUGAAUCCGGACAAUUUAACCUCCCGAAGCUUCCUCUCAGCCAUUCAUAGCAAUGCCAGCAAUUUAUUCUCUGGGCUCCAGUUUGUGCAGUCCUUCAAGCCACUCAUCAUUCCUUGCUACUCCCUGGUGGUGUUUGUUGGCAUCAUUGGAAAUUAUCUCCUCAUCUAUGUCAUCUGCAAGACAAAAAAAAUGCACAACGUCACCAACUUCCUGGUAGGCAACCUGGCUUUUUCAGACAUGCUCAUGUGUGCAACAUGCGUGCCUCUAACUCUUGCCUAUGCCUUUGAGCCCAGAGGGUGGGUCUAUGGACGCUUCAUGUGCUACUUUGUGUUUCUGAUGCAACCUGUCACUGUGUUUGUAUCCGUCUUUACCCUGACCGUCAUAGCUGUUGAUCGGUACUAUGCCAUGGUGUAUCCUCUGCGGAGGAGGAUCACAAUCCCAAUCUGUGCUUAUAUUCUGGCUGCUAUUUGGCUACUGAGUUGCAUGUUAGCUGCGCCAGCCUUGGUCCAUACCUACCAUGCAGAGUUCCCGGAACUGGACUUCUCCAUCUGUGAGGAGUUUUGGUUCCACAUGAAGAGGGACCGCUUAGCUUAUGCCUACAGCACUCUCAUCAUCACAUAUGUGUUGCCCUUGAUCAUCAUCUCCUUGUCCUACCUGAGAAUCUCUGUCAAACUGAAAAACCGGGUGGUCCCUGGCAAUGUUACCCAGGGCCAAGCUGAGUUGGACAGGGCUAGGAGAAGGAAGACCUUCCGCUUGCUGGUCUUGGUGGUGGCAGCCUUUGGAGUCUGCUGGCUGCCCCUUCACAUCUUUAAUGUGAUAAAAGACAUUGAUAUUAACUUGAUAGACAAGCAGUAUUUCAAUCUCAUCCAACUGCUGUGCCACUGGUUUGCGAUGAUGUCUGCCUGCACCAAUGCCUUUCUCUAUGCCUGGCUGCAUGACAGCUUCAGAGGGGAAUUGAAGAAGAUGUUUGCCUGGCGGAAGAAGAAGAUUGGACCUGCCACAAACUGUAUUAUGGCCAGUGUGGUGCUGUAA